UUUAACGAACUAGUCUUCAGUGUUAGUUACCACGUGUUUAUUGCGCGAUUUUCUGCUCGUUUCAGUUCUCCUUUCAUUAUAAUUAAGUGUCACACAAAUAAGUUACUAGCAAUUCUGCCAAAAUGUCCAAACUGAAAAUUCUUCAACCUGUGGAAGACAAGCAGGAGUUUCUUGACAUAGAUGAAGCUGCAAGUGAUGAUGAAGAUGAGGAAAAACAUGAGAAAUUGUUGAAUGCCAUAUCAAAAUUGGGAAAUAAAAAGAUGAAGAUUACCCAGAGAACUGAACCAGUCUCCAGAAUCAAUGAGCAUGCUUUAGUUCAAAUUGGAUCUGAUAAAUCAAAGACAAAUAAAAUUAAGGUUGAUGACCUGCUCAGUGUGAUUGCCGAGAAGCCUCGUUUGGAUGCACUUAAGAAAGCUGUGAAGCAGGCCAAAUCAAAAUCAUCUACAUUAAAAGCUCCCCUCGAAAAGCCACAAGCAUUGAGAGUUGAGAGGGCCGCUGGUUAUGAAAAGAUUAAAGAUGAAGUAUCAAAAUGGGAUGACAUUGUGAAAAGCAAUCGAGUAGCUGAACAACUGAUCUUCCCUAUGAACCAACCCUCCAUAAAAAUGCAUUCAGCUUCUGAGUUUACAGCAAAGUUCAAGCCCAAAACACCCCUGGAACAGCAGAUCAGCGAACUUCUGCGGGGCAACAAACAUGUCCAAGCUGAAAAUGAGGAGCUUACCCCAGCCGAAAAAGAAGCGUUAACUACCAUGUCAUUGAAAGAAGCUUUAGAGAGACGGAGAGAAUUGGCGAAAAGCAGAGCUCUUCAGUCAUAUCAAGAGGCUAAAGCGAGGCGACAAAAUAAAAUCAAGAGUAAAACGUAUCAUCGGCUUCUUAAGAAAGAAAAAAUGAAAAAUCACGUCAAAGAAUUCGAGGCCCUCAAAGAGCAUGAUCCACAGAGGGCACUAGAAAAACUGGACCAACUGGAGAAAAAGCGCAUCGAGGAGCGUAUGACGUUGAAGCACAAAGGCGCUGGCAAAUGGGCCAAGUUGCAAGCCAUUCGUUCAAAAUACGAUCAAAAUGCACGAGAAUCACUAGCAGAUCAACUGCGACUUGGCAAGGAAGUUACAAGAAAAAUUAAGAAGCCUGAUGAUGAAUCUGAAGAGGAUAUUCCGUCUGUUCCCCUCGAGAAAAGCGACAACCCAUGGUUGGGUGGGUCUUUACCAGAUUCAUCUUAUCCUACUACAGAGAUAACAUCUGGUUACCGGAAACUCUGGGACAACGUCAAUAAAGGCAAAGAGAUAAAGAAGAAAAUGAAUAAAGAAGUACAAAAAACUGCAAAAAAGCCAAGCAAACUUAAAGAGUAUCCUCCAACUGACGAGAAUAUUGAUCAUUCGACGACAGUUGAUUCUGCCGAAAAUGAAAGUGUUGCGUCCGAAUCCUAUGACGUUCAGGAAGAAUUUUCAGAACAAUUAGAUGAAGGUUUGGUUCGUAAAAGUACAAUGGAAGAUUUCCAGCAAACUGUUGAAGAUAUUGAAAUGAAACAAAUCACAUACAAAAAGCAAAGCAAAAGGCAACCGGCACCAAAAAUAGAUCCCAACGCAGCGAGUGUUCCAGCCAAAACCAAGAUGGCUUCAGACAUAGAUCCUCUCAAAUUUCUUUCGAUGCCAGACUCGGUAAUAACAAAUUCGUCAGUACCUGUAACUGAAGAAGGUAACGAGGAAGAAGAAGAAGAACAACGUCGAAUGACGUUGGCAGAGGCGUUUGCUGAUGAUGAUGUGAUCGAACAGUUCAAAGAGGAGAAAAAAAGAAUUGUCAAUGCAGCCACUCCUAAAGAUAUCGAUUUGACUCUGCCUGGUUGGGGAGAGUGGGGUGGAGCUGGUGUGAAAAUCUCCAAUCGAAAGAAAAAACGAUUUAUCAUCAAAGCCCCACCGGCCCCUAAGCGAAGAGAUGACAACCAAGGAAACCUUAUUAUUAACGAAGACAAGAACCCAAACAUGCGUCGGCAACAAGUUAAUGAUUUGCCAUUCCCAUUCCGCUCGGCGGCGGCAUUCGAAUCUACUAUUCGAGCACCAGUGACAUCGACGUUUGUUCCUGAAUCGGCAGUCCGUAAACUGACAGCACCGAAGGUCUUAACCAAGAUCGGCACUGUGAUAACUCCGAUGACAGAUGAAGUACUCAUCUCUGCGGCAAAGCGAAAUAAAGAAACGGAAGAUACAAUGGAACUUGAGAAUAGCAAAAAACCGACACCUGGGAAGUAUCAGAAAAGACAAAAAUCCCAACUGACUACCAAACCAACCAAGAGAAGCAAGAUACAGAAAAAUCAAUGGCAGAUUACUGACACGUCUGCAACCAACUCGUUAAAAAAAUAAUGAUUUAUUGAAAAAUUCUUUUUGCUUCACUUCCUUGACGUCGAAUAUAUCCUGUUUGGAAUUCCA